GUCUUGUUCGACAAUAACGACAUGUCCACCUCAAAAUUUAGCCAAAAAAAAUCAGAAAUUUGUGUAUAUUAAUUUGUAUGAUUGUAAUUUGUAGAAUAUUUCAUUAUUUAGUGAACACAAGAACCAAAUUAUACCCAGAAAACCAGACACUACGAAAAUGUCGCUUCUUUCAACACCACCAUCUUCAAUCUUGUUCCUCAAAACCUCAAAUAUCCAUUUCCAUAACCCAUUCUCUUCUUCCUUCCCCAUUUCUGCUUCAACCCCACAUCUUUCUCUUUCCUCCUUACGCCCUCUUCCUUCUCGAAUCUUCUCUUCUCGCUCUUCUUAUUCUUCUGAUGAGGUUGACGAUGAAUGGGGAAAAGACCCAAAGCCCACUCCCAUAACUCCCUCAUCUGUGGACCCACCUGAAUCCAAUGUUGCUAUCACUGCUCCUGAUGAGUGGGGUGAGAAAUCUGGGCCUGAACCUGAAAUUGAGUCUGAGUUCUCUGACCCUGACCCGCCCAUUCGUGAGGAUGAGGAUGAGUGGGGCCCGCCUUCUGUUGAUGGUGUGGAUAGAGAGACUAAUGGUAGUACAAGGGAGAACAAGAAUUGGGAACUGAAAAGGUGUUUAAUUGAUUCUGUUUAUGGGUCGGAUUUCGGGUUCCGGGCUUCUUCUGAAGUUCGUGCUGAAGUUUCCGAGCUUGUUAAUCAGUUAGAGGCUGCUAACCCAUUUCCUAACCCGACUGAGGUUCCGGGUUUGCUUGACGGCAACUGGGUUUUGGUGUACACAGCCUUUUCUGAGUUGUUGCCUCUACUUGCUGUUGGAGCUACUCCAUUGCUGAAGGUUCAACAAAUAUCGCAAGCCAUUGACACUGGUAGCCAAACUGUGGAGAACUCAACUACAUUAUCCAGUCCUUUCGCAACAUUUUCAUUUAGUGCAACAGCCACUUUUGAAGUUAGAAGCCCUUCAAGAGUACAGGUUCGAUUCAAGGAAGCCAACUUUAAGCCUCCAGAAAUCAAAUCUCGAUUCGAUCUUCCAGAGAGUGUAGAUAUAUUUGGGCAAAGUAUUGGUCUUUCUCCUGUGCAGCAACUGUUGAAUCCUGUGCAGGAAGCAGCGGCAAGCAUCUCGCGUGCAUUAUAUGGGCUGCCAUCUCUAAAGCUUCCCAUCCCUGGCGAACGUACUGCAUCUUGGUUGCUAUUCACAUAUGUCGAUGAAGAUUUUCGAAUCUCGAGAGGAGAUGGUGGCUUAUUUGUACUUGUCAGAGAAGGAAGUUCACUGCUUGACUAGUAUUUUUACCCUUUUUUUGGUCCCUAUUGCCUCUCAUACAAUCUGUAAAGAGCUUACUUAUCUGUAAAGAUUAUCUAUAUUGAUUUAUACUUAUAACCAACUUCAUAAUGCUGAAAGCUUGAAGCCAAUUUUCCUACCUAAACUCAGCCUGGAAAUACUUGGAGGUUUUGAGAUUUUAAAGUAUUGUAAACCAAGUUGUAUCUUCUUCAUUUGACUUUAAAAGUUCGAUUGAAUUAAUCCAACCCAGACCAAUUUAUCCGAUCCA